CUGUGUGUUCUUAAUCAGUUAUACGAGUGUUCGGUAAACUGUGUCAGUAUGUAAAGAAAAGUGCCCCAGUGGAAGUACAGAAUUGUGUAGGAAGCAUUGCAGAAUCGGUAAAAGGAAAAAUGUCUUCGGUGGAGGUCCUGGAGCCCCCCGUCAAAACCAACAACCACAACCACAGAAACCAGAUGAAGGCGACCAACAACAACAACGCCAACAAGCGGAAAAACAAGCACGACCGCAGCAGCCGGAAGAGGUCGAAGAGCUUCUCCGGCUGCGGUCUGAUGAUCAACCAGAAACCUGUCCUGCCCACGAAAUUCCUGCUGGGUGGCAACAUCAAGGACCCCCUGAACCUGAACAGCCUCCAGGACGAGGAGAUCAACAGGGCAAUGAACGCGGUCACGCCAAAGUCCUCUCCGGUGCCCACCCCUCCUCGGAAGAAGGGCCAACUGGAGGUCAUCAUUCCCAGAAACAUCCACGACCCCCUGAACCUCAUAGACUGCGCCGACGACGCGGAGUACGAGCAGCAGCUGUGCUCGCCCGUGAAGAAGGGGAGGAAAAAGAAGCCGAAGAAGAGGAGGACUAUGUCAGGUACGAUGGAAACCACCUCGGCCAUGGACGCCGACACCAGCGGCAACUCCGUUGCGAAGACUCCCGAGACCUCGACGGACUCGGCGAAGAUACCCGAGGUGCCCGACUGUACGGCGGCCACCACCGCCGCCGCCAAACCCAGGGAUCUCAGCAUCGAGCUGUGCCCGAAGAAGGAGAAGAACAAGAGGAAAUCGGACGACUACGGGCACGCUGCCAAGAAGUUCAAGAACUCCAUGGAUAAGAUCGUGAGCCCGGUGGUGCCGCAGCCCGGCGCGUGGCUGAAGAGGAGCACGUCCGUGAACAAGAGGACGAAACCGAGGCCGAAGGCACCGGCGGAGGAGCAGCCGUUGCCGCAGUUCAAGGAGAAGGAUAAGCAGUUCCAGUACGGAAACUACAAUAGGUAUUACGGGUACAGGAACCCGAACAAUGAGAUAGACCAUAGACUGAGAGUGUUCUCCCACCACCCCUACCUGUUCGAAAACAAGGACAUCUUGGACAUCGGCUGUAACAUCGGGCACAUAACGCUGUCGGUGGCGAGAGACUUUCGCGCCCGUAGCAUCACAGGCAUAGACAUUGACCAAAAAUUGAUCUCGAUAGCUAGAAAGAAUAUCAAACAUUACGUUAAAACGGUAGAAUCUCCCAGGCCAGACGAGGCACAGGUCGCUAGAUUAAGCGAGGCAAAAAGUAGUGAGUUUUUUCCUAUUAGUAUGCCUAUAUUAUACGGAGCCAUUGACAUUCCAGGCUUCCAUGACAAACCGAAAGGAAGAGGAUUCCCUAAUAACGUCACGUUUAAACAAUGCAACUACAUAUUAGAAGACGACAAUCUAAUUGCGCUCGAACAGCCUCAGUACGACAUUAUACUGUGUCUGAGCAUCACGAAGUGGAUCCAUUUGAAUUGGGGCGACAACGGCAUCAAGCAGGCUUUCAGGCGGAUGUACGCCCAGUUACGUCCCGGGGGCAAGCUGGUCGUCGAACCUCAGAACUGGGCCAGUUACAAAAGCAAACGGAAGUUAACGGAAACCAUCUACAAGAACUACAACGCCAUAGAAUUCUUCCCGGAGAAGUUCCGGGAGUACCUGCUCUCGGCGGCGGUGGGCUUUGCCAAGAGCGAGAUCCUCGGCUAUCCCCCGCACCUGUCCAGGGGCUUCAGGAGGCCCAUCCAGGUGUUCACGAAGAGCACCAUGUUCCCCAGCGAGCGGAUAGAGGCCACCCCGAACAGCAUCACGCCGAACGUUGGGGUCUACAACGACUCCCUCUACCAGAAAAUUUGCAAGACUGAGAAGUAUGAAUCUCGAACACAGCCAGAGAUCUGCGUCGAGCACGUCUACACCGACAUCAUUGAGAAUAGGUAUUGCGGGCGCGAGGAGGACAUUACGGAAGUCAAUGAGUGCAUCGAGGAGGAUUUGAGGAAUACGGAGGAGAUGGAGUGCAGCAAUACUAGUCAGGCGGGGGCGGGACGGGUGAACGGGGAGGAGGACAAAGUGAAGGGGCUGGAGAAGAGCGGGAAGGCGGGCGAAGUAAACGGGCUAGAGCCGGACGAUAAAGGUGACGUUUCCGGUGAAAAUACUUAGGUUUAGGUGUAAAAUGGACUCGGUAAUUUUUUUUUUUGUAAAUAUUGUUUAAAUAUUUUUUAUUUCAAUUAACUGUUAACGAAUUGCUU